AUGGAGGUGAGGGUCGGGGAGAGACUCCUUUGCCUGGCCGUGCUGUCCAGCGUCCUCUGCGUGGAUUCAGUCCUCGGAAAAUACGUCAGAGGCAUCGUCAACACCAAAGAGGACUGGGUUUUUCUGACACGCUUUUGCUUUCUCACUGACUUUGGGCGGCUGGAUUUUCGGUUCCGAUAUCCAAAGUCUCGCUGCUGUCAGAACAUAUUGCUCUACUUUGAUGACAGUUCUCAAUGGCCAGCUGUGUACAAGAGGCCCGAAAAGAACUGCUACCAGAAGGAAGCGGUGCUGCGGCCGGAGAACAACCAGGUCAUCAACCUCACCACACGCUACACCUGGUCAGGCUGUGUGGUGGAGGGAGAUGGGAACGAGGAGGUUCUGAGCUGCGUGGGCGGCCGUAGUUUCCGCUCGGUGAGGGAGAGAUGGUGGUACAUCGCUCUCAGCAAGUGUGGGGGCGAUGGCCUGCAGCUGGAGUACGAGAUGAAACUGACCAAUGGCCAGUCUUUCUGGACGCAGCAUUUCUCUGCAGAUGAGUUCGGAAUCUUGGAGACGGACAUUACGUUCCUGGUCAUCUUCUCCAUGGUGUUCCUCCUCUCAUGCUACUUUGCCUACAAUCUGAAGGGAAGACAGCUUCUUCACACAACCUACAAAAUGUUUAUGACGGCGGCAGGUGUGGAGGUGCUCAGCCUGUUGUUCCAUUGUGUCUACUGGGGCCUGUAUGCUAGAGAUGGAGUUGGCAAUGGCAGCUUGAAAAUACUUGGGAAAUUACUGUUCUCCGUCAGUUUCUUGGUGUUCCUUCUGAUGCUCAUAUUGUUGGGCAAAGGUUUCACUGUCACCAGGGCGAGGAUCAGUCACAGUGGAUCUGUCAAACUGAGCAUCUACAUGACAGUCUACACAAUCACCUAUGUCAUCCUCUUCAUCUACGAGGCCGAGUUCUUUGACCCAGGCGAGGUGCUGUACGCCUACGACAGCCCUGCAGGCUACGGACUGAUGGGCCUGCAGCUGGUGGCUUACGUGUGGUUCUGCUACGCCGUGCUGGUCUCUCUGAAACACUACCCCGAGAAGCAGCCCUUUUACGUCCCUUUCUUCACCACGUACACGCUAUGGUUCUUCGCCGUGCCCGUCAUGGCUCUGAUCGCCAACUUUGGGAUUCCUCGUUGGGCUCGGGAGAAGAUCGUCAACGGCAUUCAGCUCGGCAUCCACCUCUACGCUCACAUCGUCUUCCUUGUUAUUACACGACCUUCAGCAGCCAACAAGAACUUCCCGUAUCAUGUUCGGACAUCUCAAAUCGGGAUCCUACUCUCCAGUCCGAAAGGAGGCGAGGGGGCGGAGAGCUUCCCCCAUCACGCCUACGGGAACAGCUCCUUCCUGGGAGAUUCUCAACCCAACUUUACCGAACUCUUCUCCAUCCAAUCAGAUCCGGUGAAGACGGUGGAGGAGACGGUGGCCCGUAAAGGACCGGAAGUGCCGAGGAACAGCGAACAGAAGAUCAUCACCACCGCUGCUGACUUAACCUCGAUAUUGCCCCCACCUCCGCCCCCGAUACCCCCACGCCCGGCCGCGCGUUCGCCCCCGCUGCCACCUCGGCUCCCCUCCUUCACCGAGUAUUUUAGCAUGCAGAGCGGAGGAGGAGGAGGGGGGCUUGGAACGAAGGCAUGA